AGAAAAGAUGGCUGGUGGGAAAGGGAAGCUUCUUUCAAAGGAUUCUGGAAAAUCCAAGUCGAAAGGGUACUCGCGUAGCCGUAGAGCUGGUCUGCACUUUCCAGUCGGUAGAAUUCAUCGUUUUCUCAAACAAAGAACGAGUUCAUCUAAUCGCGUUGGAGCUGCUGCAGCCGUUUACAGCGCUGCCAUCCUCGAAUAUCUGACUGCUGAGAUUCUGGAGUUGGCUGGGAAUGCUUCAAAAGAUCUCAAGGUGAAAAGAAUUACCCCCAGACAUCUUCAACUUGCCAUUCGAGGAGACGAAGAGCUCGACACGUUGAUCAAGGCUACUAUUGCCGGAGGAGGUGUUAUCCCUCACAUCCACCGUUACUUGACUACCAAGAAAGGACAGAAAUCUGAAAAGGAUUGAAAAGAACAAGCAGUUCCAGCACCGUCGCCGUAGGCGAUCGUGUGUUCAGCAAUCAUUGUGCACUUGUUAAUUAUUGUAAUGCCUGAUUGCUUGAUUCAUGUCUGCCAGCAAUGAUUUGUUGUUUAGCAUUUUUUUUGCUGAUUGUGAG